AAUUCCUUGAAAAAGCCAUGAUUGAAGAAGUUGAGAGCUUUGCGGAUCUGAUUUCCUGCAAGAGCGUCACCAAGGAGCUGGAGUUGCCGGAUGUGCGUCGCAUCAAGGACAUACGCAAGUUUAUGGCCGACAAGAAUAACUACAAUGGCAACAUUAAUGAGUUGAUAAAUCGAAUGACUGCCAAAACUGAUCAAUGUGAGGGUGUCCUCAAAGUUCUUAAGGACAAGCUGGAACUGAAAAUGGCCACGCUCCAUAAGGUUAAGCAGGAUAUGAUGGAACUGAACCAAGAUUUGAAGACAGGCGGCGCCACCAAGAAGUACGUCACUGAGAAAACCAAGAUUGCUGUCCGUUUCAUGGACGAAGUGGAGGUGCAUCAUCUAGAUAUAGCAACUUCUCUAGAGAAGUAUAAUAGCAAAAUUGAUGCCCUGUUUAACGAAAUCAUGGGUCUGGACGGAGACAUAGACUAUGUUAACUUCUUGACAGGAAUUGCCAUGUUGAACAUUAAUUAUGUUAUGGAAUUUCAUAAGAUUGAACAGGCCGAAUCUUCCUCAUCCCAAGAAGAACCGUCCUCGGAACCAUCCGAAUCAGUUUAGAAAAAAUGUUUAAUAAAGUUUAAUUUUUUAAUUCGUUA